AGCCUUUCAGUGCCACGUCGACAGCUGAGAAGGCACUAGAUGAGGCAGCGUGUGUGGCUCAGAAAGAGCCAAGUCUUCUUCCCGAGCUUCUGCCCUGUAGCCGUCACUUCACCUGCCACUGGAGAAGCUUCCCUGGCCUCACCAGGCACUGCCGACCGGGAAGGCUGGGAGGAUGCCAGCUCAUCCCUCCGGAGAGGCCGGACCGUGAGUUGGAAUGCCACCGCUGGUUUCGUGCGAAGAGGAACCAGGUUUCUGAUCUAAUUAGGGGCGGGAGGAGGAGACUUUUUGUUUCUGUUUGCAGUUUGGGCUCCUUUUUUCUUUUCAUUUUCUCCUGAGACACCCCUGCCAUUCUGUAGGAGUCUUUGACAACUACAGGGAAACUGUGGAAUGUUCAUUCGCUUUGCUAACCCCCUUCCGAGUCCUGCAAGCGAUGCCUGCUGCGACGGCUAAGACUUCCCAAAGAGAUUUAAGAGUCCGAGUGAUCUUUCGAAGAUAGGGGCAGAAAGCGGGUGGGGUGGGAGGAGAAGACGAGGACUUUGGCAUUUCAUUAGGGGAGACCCAUCCUCGCUCGGCUUUGGAAGCUUUUAAGGGAUUCAGAGUUGGGAACAACUCGGCUGGAGGAAAGGACCGUGCGUCUUCUCGGACUCGGUGCUGCCGGAGUGAAAGCCGGCUGGCUGAAGGGCCCAGAGAUGAAUGUCUGCUCCUGGGGGAGGCUCCGCUGUCGUCCAGUUGGUUUUCUGGAAACUCGCCUGACGGAGGGGAGGCUCGCUGGCCCCAGGCUCUGGGCCUCUGAAUGGGGCAAUGGCUUUGCCAACCAGGGCAGCGAAAGAAGCUUAAACCAGACUCUGGCAAAGCACCUAUGAAGCAGCCAACUCACAGAUCAGAAGCCCGGCUCACCAGGAAAGAGAGCGUGUCCGCAUCUGUCAGGAAGACCAAGGAGAGCUGCUCUUCAUCCUUACCCUUCACUGGGCCAAAGAGGAAACUCAGACCUAAGAGGCCUCCUACAAAGCAGAAAGGUGACUCUGUCCAUGAAAGUGGCCGCCAGCUUCAGCGCCAACCCAGGGAGCCCCUCGCUCCAAGGGACCUGGAAAUCAAACUGCUGCGGAUGGAGUGUGAGGAGCUCAAGGGCCGGCUCGAGUCGCUCAGGGAAGGGCUGGUGGGUCAGAAGCCAAGUGAUGUCGAGCGGUUGCUGAGACAGUCUCAGAAGGAGCUACUGUGGCUACAGAGGCAGGUAGCUUUGGUUUCCAGCAGAAGCCCCACGUUCCUUCUGCCUGCUGACAAGGAAAACGAAGUGAAGGAUGUUGCACAUGAACAGAGUCGCCUGAGACUUCAAUAUGCUAACCUUUCUCCCAGGGUCCUGCAGUAUGACCAGGUGAAAUCAGACUAUGAUCGUCUUAGCAAUACCCUCACCAUAGUGACCAAAGAACGAGAUUUGGCUGUGAAGCAGAACCACCAGCUCCAAGCCAAGCUGGAGAACCUAGAGCAGGUCCUGAAGCAUAUGCGAGAGGCCGCUGAUCGGCGGCAACAGCUGGAAUUGGAGCAUGAACAAGCCUUGGCAAUUCUCAACGCAAAGCAGCAGGAAAUUGAUCUCCUGCAGAAGGCUCAGGUUGAAGCCAAGAAAGAACAUGAAGGUGCGGUGCAGUUGCUAGAGAACACCUUGGACAGCAUGCAGUCCAAGGUCCGGGAGCUAGAAGAGAAAUGCCGGACACAGAGUGAGCAGUUCAACCUCCUCUCCAAGGAACUGGAGAAGUUUCGGCAGCAAGCCGGGAAGAUCGACCUUUUGAGUGGUAACGCCUUGGCGUCCCUGGACAUCCAAGGAUCCCCAAACAAGUCCUACUCUCAAUUAAUGAAUGGACUAGCCACAUCCAUCGGCAAAGGUCAGGAGAGCUCUUCUGCAAGUCAUUCUGUGAUUACUGAGUUUAUUCGACCCCUCCAAAUAUCUGGCGAUAAACCGGAACAACUGUCUGUCCAACCUGCUUUUCUCUCCAGGGCAAGAUCUGGCAGCCCAAGAUGCAGAUUUGAAUCAGACAUGGAUAAUGAACGAAAUUCCAAUACCUCAAAGCAGAGAUACUCGGGCAAAGUCCAUCUGUGCAUCGCCCGUUACAGUUACAACCCCUUUGAUGGACCGAAUGAAAAUCCCGAAGCGGAGCUACCUCUUGUGGCAGGAAAAUAUCUCUAUGUGUACGGAGACAUGGAUGAGGAUGGUUUCUACGAAGGUGAACUUCUAGACGGACAGAGAGGACUGGUCCCUUCCAACUUUGUGGAUUUUAUCCAGGAUAACGAAUCCCGUUUGUCAAGCGCACUGGGAACUGAACAGGAUCAGAACUUCAUCAACCACUCCGGUCUCGGUUUGGAAGGAGAGAGUUUCCUGGAGAUUAAUCCCCCGGGUCUAGACUCCGGCGUAAUCAACAACGGCGCUGGGACGUUGGACGUGAACAUCGAUGAGAUCGGAGAAGACAUUGUGCCUUACCCUAGAAGAAUCACCCUAAUCAAACAACUAGCCAAAAGUGUCAUUGUGGGCUGGGAGCCCCCCGUAGUGCCACCAGGAUGGGGGACAAUUCACAGCUAUAACGUACUCGUUGACAAAGAAGCACGGAUGAACCUAACAGUAGGAAGCAGAACUAAAGCACUUAUAGAAAAACUUAACAUCGCUGCCUGUACGUACCGAAUCUCAGUGCAGAGCGUCACGAGCAGAGGCAACUCAGACGAACUUCUGUGCACCUUGCUGGUGGGGAAGGAUGUCACCGUGGCCCCGUCUCACUUGAGGGUAGACAACAUCACCCAGAUUUCCGCCGAGUUGUCUUGGCUUCCCACCAAUAGCAAUUACGGCCACGUGAUCUUCCUCAAUGAAGAGGAGUUUGAUAUCGUCAAGGCUGCGAGGUAUAAAUAUCAGUUCUUUAACCUGAAACCAAACUUGGUCUACAAGGUGAAAGUUUUAGCCAAACCCCAUCAGAUGCCCUGGCAGCUUCCACUGGAGCAACGGGAGAAGAAAGAAGCCUUUGUGGAGUUUGCUACCUUACCGGCAGGCCCUCCAGCUCCACCGCAAGAUGUCACCAUUCAAGCCGGACGGACCCCAGCAACCAUACAGGUCUCCUGGAAACCACCGACUCUUACACCUAUGGGAAUGUCCAAUGGAGCAAACGUCUCUGGCUAUGGGGUUUAUGCAAAAGGACAAAGGGUGGCAGAAGUCAUCUUUCCAACAGCCGACAGCACCGCGGUGGAGCUGAUGAGAAUUCGGAGCUUAGACGCGAAAGAAGUUACAGUAAGAACCCUCUCGGCCCAAGGCGAAUCCAUGGAUUCUCUAAUUGCUGCCAUCCCUCCCGACCUACUGGUGCCUCCAACCCCACAUCCCAGGACUCCUCCCAAAUCUAAGCCAUUAGCAAGUGCCGGAGCCCCAGAUACCAAAGACGAACAUUUAGGUCCUCAUUCCAAGAUGGAUGAGUCCUGGGAGCAGACGCGGAUGGCUUCGCCCGUGCCGGGACACAUGCUGGAACCUCCGACAUCCAGCUUUCCGAGUUCAGCUCACGGGAGGCGGUCGCCCUCGCCGAAUCGGAUCCUCCCGCAGCCGCAGGGAGCACCAGUCCCCAACACCGUUGCUAAAGCCAUGGCACGAGAGGCAGCCCAAAGGAUGGCGGAGAGCGGCAGGUUGGAAAAAAGGACCAUCUUCAGUGAAAGGAGUAAUGCAGUUCAGUAUGCAAACUCUGAUGAAGAAGAAGACGGCUACGAUUCACCAGACAUUAAAAGAAGAGGGGCUUCGGUGGAUGAUUUUCUAAAAGGUUCUGAACUUGGAAAGCAGUCGCACUACUGCCACGGGGAGGAAUAUCCCACAGAAAGCAGCAGGGGCUCCGAUCUGUCAGACAUCAUGGAAGAGGAUGAGGAAGAGCUGUAUUCCGAGAUGCAACUGGAGGAUGGAGGGCGUAGGCGUCUGAGCGGCACCUCCCACAAUGCCCUCAAGGAGAGCUAUCACAGUAAGACCACUGAGGCAGCUUUCUCGGAACAGCCUGAAUACCCCCCACAGACCCAUCACAGUAAAAAACUUUUCAGUAUUCCAGAAGUGGCCGAAGAGGAUGGAGACUAUUCCGAACUCCUGCACAGACAGGGCUUAGGGAUUUCCGACAGAAGGAGAGCUGCAAUAGUUAGGCAGCCCAGAUCCCCUAGGGUCGGCAUUGAAGAUACAUCCCUGCGGGGUUUCUGGUCUCCGGGCAAGCACAGAACUUCAGGAACUGCGGCCCGGGGAGAGGGUUUGGUCUCUGAGGAUAAGGGGUGCAAGUUCUGUAGAUCUCUCAGCAGGAGCCCAGACAGCGGGCUCGACUGUGGAAGUGAGGAGGAAGAAACCAGGUUUAGUUUCAGGAAUGUUCACAGUAUGACUUCGUCCGGUCCGGCGCCAAACGGCUGUAAGGGGUCGAAUCACUGCUCGUGUAAGAAAAGCCAGAGGCUUUUGCUGAGCCGGAGAAGAACUCUUACCCGCCAGAGCAGCGUAGAAGAAGACUUCGGAGAUUUCCCCGUUCCCUCCGAAGUUGGCCAGGACGAUGAAGCCAGACGUAGCCGUGAAAGGCCCCACCCCCAGAAAUACACUAGGAGAGAGCUCUCCACUACCAAAGAGAUGGUGUGUGCCCGGAAGACCACUGUAAAAAUAACAGACAGGAGGGCAGCUGUCCCACUUGCAAAAUCACCUCCCAGAGAGGCAGAAGAUUACGUGCUUUUAGGAAAUCCAGCGUCUGCCGGACGGGCUGAUAGGGUGGAUCCCACGGGUCGAAGGUUAUCUCAUGGCAGUGCAGGACCUCAGAGGCCCCGGCCAAUGAUGGUCCCGUCCAUUGAAAUUACAAUGGACAGUAACAGUGAAGGCGGUCGGUCUCGGUCAGGUAGUGAGGGAAAUAUUUCACCUGUAAAAGAAGAAGCUUAUUAUCGCAGCAUGGGUGGACACCAGAAACGGCCUCUCCAGCGAGCCAUGGCCUCUGACCUUAGAUACGAUGGAUACUGCAGUCGGGACCGCCUGUCUCCGGAUGUUUACGAAGAGUCUGAAACAGACCCUGGUGCUGAGGACAUUUCCACCCGAAUAUUUGUUGCUCUCUUUGACUAUGAUCCACUCACAAUGUCCCCCAAUCCAGAUGCUGCUGAGGAGGAGCUGCCAUUUAAGGAGGGACAGAUCAUUAAGGUUUACGGUGAUAAAGAUGCUGAUGGAUUCUACCGUGGGGAAACCUGUGCAAGACUUGGCCUUAUUCCUUGUAACAUGGUCUCUGAAAUCCAAGCAGAUGAUGAAGAAAUGAUGGAUCAGCUUCUUAAACAAGGCUUUCUCCCUUUGAAUACACCCGUGGAAAAAAUUGUCAACUGUGACCGUUUCAAAGAGAGCACACGCUCUGUACACCGCAGAUCCAGAAAGUCUAAACGAGAGAGGAACCGACGAAGUGGCAGGCAGCAUUGUGUGUCUACAAGGAGAAUGGUGGCUCUCUACGAUUACGACCCAAGAGAAAGCUCUCCUAAUGUUGAUGUAGAGGCUGAACUAACAUUUUGUACAGGAGACAUUAUAACAGUCUUUGGUGAAAUUGAUGAAGAUGGAUUUUACUAUGGUGAACUGAAUGGACAGAAAGGUCUGGUUCCUUCAAACUUUCUUGAAGAAGUGCCUGAUGAUGUAGAAGUCUAUCUUUCUGACGCACCCACCCGCUAUCAGGAUACGCCCAUGCGUACAAAGGCAAAAAGGAAGAAGAGUGUUCAUUUCACACCUUAAUAAGGCAAUGUAGCCUUCACGUAAGUGAGCAACUGAAGAUACCAGUAAAGAUACCAAUUUAAGCUACCUUAAAUAGCUAAUGCAAUUAAGGCUUAACUAUGGGAUUUUAAAGAAAAGAAAUAUGUCUCCAAAAAUCAUUGGCCCUAAAACUAUCAGGAUACAAUAUCAUAUCUCAGUUGUGAAACUUGGUGAAUUUGAAGUGCCACCAAAACAAAUCCUCUUUAAAAGCCAAUUCAAGAUUCUCCCUUCCCAUUACAUAUUCUGCUCUCUGCCAGAGGUCAACAUUUGGAACAUAUUUCUUAUUGAGCUAAAUGUUUCUGUUUACACAGAGAAGUGUUCCAAUGUCUAAUUGCUCUAAAACCUGAAGCUGCAUAUUGCAUUGUUGGCCAAUCCUGAGAUAAGCACAAAGUUUAUUAAUGGAAAAAAGCACAAAAAAUCCUCACAAGUAGGAUUAGAUUAGUUUACAAAAGAAGGUUGGUUGUGGAUACCAUUAACCUCAAAUCCCUGCCUAAAAUACCUGGAAAUGUAUUUUACAAAUGAUCAUUAAGUUAUUCAAGAGUCCAUGCUCCCUUCAAAAAACACAGUUCUCUAUACUGUAUACAUACACCCAAUGAGGACAAUAUUAAACAAUAAAUAUGAACAUCAAGUUGAAUAAUUUUUGGUAUACCAAUGCAAUAACACGUGUCAUGAAACAUGCAGCUCGCAAAAUGAAUGCAUUAGGCUAAACUAUAUGGUAUCUUCAGGUGUACCUUGGGAUGCUUAACUAAAUGGUUUUCCAUUAGAAUUAGACCUUGAUUUUAAAUCCAAGAAAGCUUGAAGCCCCUUUGCUUUACUCCCUAAUGAACGAGUCCCCCAAAUUACACGUUUUUGUUCUUAAUAUACAAGAGG